AUGGAGAAAAAGGAGGAACCGAAGACAUAUGCCUUUGAAGGAAAGGAAACCAGAAGUAGUGCUGUGCUUUCAGCAGCUUUCUUUGCAGCAUUUUCUGCUUACGUGGCCAUUCAGAACCUGCAGAGCAGUCUCAACGAAGCGGCAGACCUUGGAAUCAUUUCUUUGAGCGUUCUGUAUGCAUGCAUUAUAUUUUCUGGAAUCAUGGCCCCGGCUGUAAUUCGAUUCAUGGGAAUCAAAAUGACUUUAAUCUUGUCUUGGGUGAUCCACCUCCUGUAUACAAGCUCGAACUUCUAUCCGGCAUUUUACACCCUCAUACCUUCUUCAAUUCUCCUCGGGGCCAUCUCUGGUUUUCUGUGGACGAGUCAGAGUAUAUACAUUUCAGUCUGUUCUUACUCCCUUGCCAAGUCUACAGGAGCAGAACCGUACGAUGUCCUCAGUAAAUUGAAUGGACUGUUCUUCACCAUUUAUGAGACCACCCAAAUUCCAGGCAACCUUGUGUCGUCCCUUAUCCUACGAUCAGGAACCUACAGCAAUGUCACGGGAGAAGCUGUUUGUGGUUCCGACUAUUGUCCUGGAGUAGCCAACGGAACGGACAUAGCUACUCCAGAGAAGAGCCUGGUGUACAUUUUUCUUGGAGUCUGUCUUGCAUGUGGUGUUAUUGCUUUGAUCAUCACAAUCGUCUUCUUACCACCGUUACCAAAAAGUGACUGGAGCAGCAAUGUCAGCUUGAAGCAAUCCCUGAGUUCAUUCUUUGUAACAUUAUUCACCAGCAAGCUGAUAUUCCUUGUUCCAUUCAUAAUGUUCCAAGCGGUGGAGCAAGGCAUAUUAUGGUCAGACUACACAAGGUCCUACGUCAGCUGUCCCAUCGGAAUACACAUGGUUGGUUUCGUCAUGGCGACGUACGGGGCAACCACUGCUUCCUGUGCCUUCAUCUUCAGUCGUAUAGCGAAGUACAUUGGACGUUACAUCCUGUUCUUCGCAGCUGCUGUGUUACAAGGUGGGGUGUUUGUAACGCUCUACUUAUGGACGCCGACAAGCGACGACACCAAGUACAUCUUCGUCAUUCCCAUCGUAUGGGCCAUCGGGGAAGGAAUAUGGGAGACACAGUCAAACUCUCUGAUAGCCCUGCUGUUCCCGGAGAAGAAGGAACCAGCCUUCGCUAACUUCCACACCUGGAAAGCCAUAGGAUUCACGAUCACAUUUGUUGUCAGCAACUUUAUGUGUUUGAAGACAAAACUUAUCUGUGUCUUGGCUUUAUUAGCCGUGGCGAUGGUCAUGUACGCAGGCGUGGAGAUUUAUUCACGAGUGCACCAGAAGCGCAAAGAGGGCAAAAAUACAACUUCACUAGAAAUUAUCUCAAAUGGCACAAAAGAAUCUAAAUACAGAAAUUAA